UGGGGAUUGAGUAAUGAAUUAGGCCUGGUUACGAAACUACGAGUUCGCGCGCUUUGCAAAAAACUAAAUGGCUUCAAGAGAUAACCGUCUUUCCGUUUACGUUGGUAAUCUUCCCCCGAAUACUAUACAAGGGCAUUUCGAUUACAUAUUUGCAGGUUGUGAUAUAGAAAGUGUUAGAUUAGUGAGAGACAAACAGACAGACGAAUUCAAAGGGUAUGCUUAUGUAGAUUUUAAAAAUGAACAAUCCCUACAGAAAGCACUAGCUGUCGACGGUGCGAUUGUCGACGGACGCUCUCUGCGAGUAAAUCUCGCAGGCGAAAGACCUGGACGUGGUGGUGGUGGUGGUCAGGGUCAAUGGGGUAUGAACAACGGAUAUGGAAAUCAAGGACGUGGUGGUUUCGGUAGUCAUGGUCGCGGUGGUUUCGGAAAUCAAGGACGUGGUGGCUUUGGAAAUCAGGGACGUGGUAGACCUAGCAUGGGUGGUGGACGGAUGGAAAGUUAUGGACGUCCAAAUAGAGGCGGAAUGGGUGGGUUCGGUGGACAACGACAAAGUUACCAUCCUCCAGGACUGUCACGAGAGGAAUUAAAUGAACCUAGUAUCAGGAAUCCUCAGUCAAAUUCUACGGAUUCAACCAGUAGUGGUUCGGGUGGUGAUCGACCUAAACUAAACCUAAAAAUCAGAGAGACCCCUGUAAAUACAAAUGAUGAUCGACAAUUAUCAGAGCGUGCCCGUGCGAUAUUCGGAGUUGGGCGUCCUCGAGAAGCUAGUCCAAUUCGAGAAAAAAAGUUGGGUUCUGAAGAAAAUGCAACCGGUUCUAGUUAAUGAGAGAAGAUCAUUUAUAUUCAACCAAAGCAACUUGACAAUUGUUUUCACCAACAUUUCUACGAAUAUGUGUAUUUUUCUUGUUUAAUUCGAACAUUUCACCCCCCCGUUUUUUCUUACAUUACCACAUGAAUAUAUACAUAUAUAUUUCUAUGUAUGAACUAAUUUCAUCUUAAAAGUGUGUUACUUUUUCAAUUUGAUCUUUUUCUCAUUGUAUUCACACUUUAGUCUUUAAACCUCAUUGUCUUUUCAAAUCAAAACGUUUAAAUGUACAGGUUGUCCGAGUUUUUUUUCCCGUCAGUUCUACUGCUUGGUUAGAAUCUUUUUAAAACAAUAGUUCUAUUUGUUGUUGUGCUAAUUGUCAUUGUUGUUUGAUUGUAAAAACAAGCUUAUCUCCUUGGUAAUUGUUAGACAAUUUACCCGUUUUCGUUUUUACUAUUUGUCUUCAUAUAUGCGUGUGUGUGUGUAUGUGUAUACAUCCAAGUGGGUUGUUUGUUUGUUUUUCUUCUUUCUUUAUUACUGAACAAAUCAUAUACAUCAUUCAAUUAUCUUCUAUAUUACUGAAUCUGUUUAGGAAAGCAUAUGUAAAAAUAAGAGAAUAUAAUAAUCUAUUCUCAAAGAGAGACAAAAAACUAAUAAUAAAUUCCUUUUUAU